UCGACCGGAAGUAAAUUGUCUCAGGAAAGUUUAUUCAACAAAUUAUCAAAACAUUUUUGACAUUUGACACUAAGUUUCCGAAAAUGGCUUCUUUUUUAGCAAUUUCUGCUAUAAUAUGUGUUUUAAUAGCAACUGUGGCAACGAUCGUGGCGUUCUCAACUCCGAACUGGAUUGAGUUUGAAGGAAAUGGAGACAUGCUGUGCAACUGUCAUCACUGCGAUUGUGGAUUAUGGCUACACUGUACAGGGGGAUCUCUCACCGACACUGGCAACCUCGAUAACUGCAAGUGGUUCUUUGGAGAUGAAUUCUUCAUUGAGAGGAGUCUCCCUGACUGGUUCAAGGCGGUCCAAGGGCUGAUGUCAUGUGCUCUGGCCUCUACAAUGCUGGCGUUGAUGAUCGGUCUGUUCUCGCUGUGUUGUUCUUGUCGUAGUUGCAACCCAAAUAUGGCCGCUGGAGCAUUCGCAAACCUCACAUUUCUGCUGUUGGCAAUCUCUGUCAUCCUGUUCGGGGUUCAGGCCCAUCGAAUCCAUUUCGCAGAAGUUUUGUUGGAGCAGGGAUCGAACGCGCCCGUGUACGGCUGGAGUUUCUGGGUGGCUACGGGGGCGUGUCUUAUGUCGCUUCUCUCUUCACUUCUCUACUUCUGCGUUGGGAGAAAGGAGGACUAUUAUUAGUCCGAGUGGAGAUGUGUAGGAGCUUGACUCUGUGUGUUCAACAUUGAAGCAUAACAAUUGUGUUGGCCUAUUGAUAUUUGUUUUUUUGCUGUUUCAUAAAAUUCAGGUGUCAGAGAAUGUCUCCAGGGGAUUUUCUUAGUCUCACCUUGUGAAAUUACUUUCCCCAGUAAUUCGACUGACUGAUUCUUUUGUGUAGAUAUAAUUUAUUUAGGGUUUAAAAUUAUGUUUGUAAUUUAGCUUGUUUCUCAGUUUAAUAGGAUUUUAUUUAUUCUAUUAGAUCUGUUGUUUGACCCUUAAAUUGGGAUAUUUUUUUUUUUGAUCAAAAUUUAUUGAGAUUAAAACUGUAGUGUUAGGGAUACACUUAUUAUUUCAAAGUGAAGGCCUGUAUAAGAUGUAUUACUAUAUGUUAGCUCAAAAAAAUGGAUGUUGAUCAUUGGUUGAUGUACCAUAUGUUAACAAGACGAGCAAACUUUUUAAAAGCAUCAUAAUAAUAGAAAUUUAAUGUUCAUCCAGUCACCAAUUGAACAUGCCUAAGUUCUUACGCUAGUGCUUGUCAUCAAUAUUUAAGCCAGGCCUGCUGAAUCCAAUCCAGAAAUUGAGUAAACCCCGGAAAGCAUUUUACAGGGCUUACAGCUUGUGCUAAUUCGACCACUGUUUAUCAAGGGACAUGCCAUAUUUUUUUCAAAACAGGAAGGACAUUUUACAUAAUGAGUCUUUAGCCGGCAUACACAAACAUAAAUAUAUAUAAUUUUAUAAUAGUUUGACAUUACCAGAACCAGAACCAGUUGAAUCUUAAUUUAAUUUUACAAGCUAUAAACCAGUAUUUUAUUGACAAAAAUAGGGAAACUAAUGACAAUUCUAUUCAUAAAUCAAGGUAGUAUAAUUUCUAUUGAAUGUGAUAAAGCUUUUAUAAAAACCUUUAUGUUUUCUAUUUGAAUACAGACAUUGGUGAUGCUUUAUACAAGUAAUUCCUAACUACACCUUACACAACCGAUAGUCUAUACUGCAUGUAUGUAAAUGUGUUUGAACAAAAGCUUUGCAUUUAACAGACCAUUCAUUGUGCAAAUUGAAUUGUUUUAUUUUAAGAUAUGAAGAUAAAGAAGUGCGAAGGAAAAAGAAUCAUGUUAAAAGCCAAGCUUUAUUUAUCAGCUGUAGCAAUAAAAAGAAUCUGUAUUUUUUACACUUCCUAAUCUUCUAUGAAAUGAAACAUGUAUAUUGUGGUUCUCUGGUGUGUGAAGUAAUAGAGAGUUGAUCAUUUUAAACUUUGGGUGGCACUGAUGUUUGUAUUUCUGUAGUCGAAUCUGUACUAUAAUCAGUUCCACACUCAGUGUAUUAUAGUCUAUUUCACACAUUAUAAAUGAGUGUGUAUUAUAGUCUGUUUCACACAUUAUAAAUGAUUGUGUAUUAUAGUCUAUUUCACACUUAUAUUUAUCACUUUCACCAUUCAACCAAUCACUGUAUAUACUCAUGUAAAUUUAUUAUUUUUUUCAUCAUGAAAUGUGCUUCUGUAAAAUUUUACAGUUGAGUAUCUUGAGCACUAGUUUUGUACCAAAUAUUUAUAGAUGUAAUGUUUUUGUCGAACAAAUCUAAGGCCUAAAUUUGACCUGCAUUAAAAAUACAUAUUUAUAGUGUUUAAGCUAUAGAGGUAAUGGAAGGGUGCUGUGUAAGCUAUAGAAGUAAUGGAAGGGUGCUGUGUAAGCUAUAGAGUUAUGGAAGGGUGCUGUGUAAGCUAUAGAGUUAUGGAAGGGUGCUGUGUAAGCUAUAGAGUUAUGGAAGGGUGCUGUGUAAGCUAUAGAGGUAAUGGAAAGGUGCUGUGUAAGCUAUAGAGGUAAUGGAAGGGUGCUGUGUAAGCUAUAGAGGUAAUGGAAGGGUGCUGUGUAAGCUAUAGAGGUAAUGGAAGGGUGCUGUGUAAGCUAUAGAGGUAAUGGAAAGGUGCUGUGUAAGCUAUAGAGUUAUGGAAGGGUGCUGUGUAAGCUAUAGAGUUAUGGAAGGGUGCUGUGUAAGCUAUAGAGUUAUGGAAGAGUGCUGUGUAAGCUAUAGAGUUAUGGAAGGGUGCUGUGUAAGCUAUAGAGUUAUGGAAGGGUGCUGUGUAAGCUAUAGAGUUAUGGAAGGGUGCUGUGUAAGCUAUAGAGUUAUGGAAGGGUGCUGUGUAAGCUAUAGAGUUAUGGAAGGGUGCUGUGUAAGCUAUAGAGUUAUGGAAGGGUGCUGCACCCUGUCCUCUUUUUGUAGGACCUUUCUGCCAUCAUGAAGAGCUGCAUGUUUGCCCUGUCUUCAUAUAAUUUAAUCCUUAUGAUAAUAAAAAAAAACGUUUUGAUUAAAGCUUAAAAUAUUAGCAUGAAUUCAUACAAAGUUGAUAUAUUUGGCAGUUGUAACCUACAUUUACUUCAACUAAGUACAAUUCCAACUAUUUUUUUGUGAAAUUAAUAAUAUUCAAAUAUGUCACAGCCAACAAAAUGUGCCCUUUUCCCACUAAGCACCCUGGCCCUUUGCUGCAGCACUCUGUUCCUUUGAAAACCUGGUUAAAUGUUCCUUUGAAAAUCUGGUUAAAACCGUAAUAUUGAGGCUUAAUUUUACAUUUGUUGUCUUAAUGAAUCUCAUUGCUUCAUAGGUCUCUGAUUUUCAGUAUUUUAUAAUCUUUUUUACUUUAACUUUUUCGUUGAACUUAUUAAAAUAGUUUUCUAAAAAUAUGAGAAUCGAAAUAAAUUUCAAACAAUUUCUUUUUACUGCAAAUGGAAUAUUUUUUGUCAAUAUCUACAAUAUUUCAGACUGUAAGGUUUUUAAUAUUCAAAGUUUUAAGACCUCAAUUUGAUAUACGGUAAUGAAUUUUUUUUUUAGUAAAGUGCAACGUUAUUCAUACUUAUAUAAACUUAAAAGUAACUUCUGUUUACAUCCUAAUUGUUCUAUAACUAGUCCACUGUUGUGAAAACAAAUUGCGUGACACUUCCUUGUGAAAUUUGGCUCUUCUGACAAAAGUUAUGACACACCUAGAUAUAUGUUCUGUCAGUGUCUCCGCAUAAUUAUCAAAAUGUUUAUGAUAUCAUUAUAAAUUAAAAAAUAAAUGGCUUAAGUGUUAAGUGCAGGUAAUAAUAUAAACCAAUUGUCACACGUUUAGCUAUGAAGAACAAAAUCGAAUGAGUUGGUAUUUUUUUUUUAAUUUCUCCGGGCUUUUUAUGAGGAUAGUAAUGAUAAGUUUUUUUUUCCUGUAACAAUGGUCUCUUCAUUAAUGUUGAUUUAAAAUUAACAUUUUUUAGUGUCCAAACAUGCUCACAGCCUAAGGUUAAACACAAUUGAUCCUAAGUCACCUUUACGCAUUUGAUUAUAAUAUGGCAUGACGUGACGUUCAUCUAUUAAGACUAUUUUCCAUAUCGCUGGUAAACACCCUCUGUAUCUAUUACGUCCAGAUGUUCUUCUAGGUUGUGAUUUACUGUCUUCUAUGUGCAAUAUGAGGGGUGGGAGGAAGAAGCUUCUAACUGAUAUGACAUAAACAAACAGAUAGAGCCUUCUCGCUCUCUCCCCGGGAAUUUAUUCUCUCUUUACCGUCCAUGAGCAUUUGCUGGUCGGCUGAAUUCUGCUUUCAUUUCCGUCUGUUACACAUUUGGGCUGUAAAUUUGGGGAAAAUGUUGGAAGUAAAUAAUACAUAAAUAAUGGUUUUGAAAUGUUUCUGUUUCUUUAUUGUUUAUGACGUAAAUUUGUCAUAUAUCUGUCAUGAUUUUUUUAUUACCAACUUUUAAACUAUAUGAUAUUAUCAGCCUUGUCUGGUGACAAUAGUUACUUUAACCUAUACAACACAAUGUUUUUGAUGUAGUUAAUAGUUAAUACCCGUCGGGUAUUUUUAAUAACAAAUCGUCAAACUACAUGUUACAUAUUGAUGUUGGCCUAAUUUGACAUAAACUUUUUAUGUACAGCAAAAUGAUAACGUUCAUUUAUAUGUUUUGCGAUAUAUUAAUUGCUUCUUGUUUUCUGAGAGUAAAGGCUCAAAAUCAUAUUUAAUUUUCACCAAGGCAUCCUGGGUUAAAUUUCUGGCCUGGGCAUAUGUGAUUUUGGUAUGUUGUCACCAAUCCAGACAGGGGGGUUAACUGUGCAUUCUAUCCCCCCACAACUCAACACUCACGCCCAACAUCAUCCCAACAGGAAUGAUAUGCUAACAUACUUUUUUUGCAAUCUAUUAUGAUUGUAAAAUAACUAAAGUUAAACUAAAAUAAUAACUGACAUUAUUAUGUUAUAAAGAAAGCAAGUCUGUCCCAUGUGUUUUUGAACUCGUUGAUUUUUGCCUGGAAGCUGGGAUCACUUUCAUGAGCUAAGAUCAUCCCAUCAUGUGCCAUAGUGAAUAGAUGCACACAUAUAUUCUUAAGUAGUGCCUUAGAAUAUGUAUUAUAAUGCAGGUACUGUUGAACAUCUCAUUCACAUAAAUUUAUUUCAAAGUAAGUGUAUUUUAUCAAGAAUUUUAUGGAAUUCUCCGCAUUUUAAUCGGUUGUCUUAUUUAACACACCCGUAAAAUUAAUUGUAAUAAUUCUAUUUUCAUAAAUGUCAUAUUUUGAAGUGAAUUCUGUAUAGUAUUUUUAUAUAGAAAUUUACAGAAUUCUCAGCUGUUUUGACUGUUGUCUAUUUUCAUACAGUUUAUCAUAAUAUUGUAAAUAAAUUUAUGUCAUAUUUUAAAGUGAAUCCUGCACAGUAUGUUAAACUUCAUCUUUAUGUUUUGAACAAAGGGACAAUGGAUUGAGAUUUUUUUGCUAAACUUUGACAUGUUUUUCACAUUGCCUCCUUAUUUAUUACCCAGCCAUUUACGGUACAAGUGGCUCAAAGUACAUUAAUAAUGGACUGGUACCAGGCUUUCCCUUAAUUAUAUCAGUCGUCAUUGUUAACAGUGCCAUAAUAGAACAUGUUGUUAUGAAAUAGGAAAUGUCCGUCUGUAAACAAUGUAAUAUUCUCUUGCCUGUUACGUUCUUUGAAAAACCAAAUGUAAUUCAAUGUAUUGUUGUAUAUACAGUCUACUUAGGUAAUUGUAAUUGUUAACACAUAUGAUUGUAAUUGUUAACACAUAUGAAAAGAAACACAUUCUGUAAUUAGAGUCAAAGUUUCAGAGAUUUUAGAGAAUAGUUUUAGUUCUAAGUGCUCAUUUUCUCAUUCUUGUUUAAGAUAUAUUAACUAACUUGCCAGGAACUUGAGAGUCUAGUCAUAAACUUUCUCGUAGUGUUAGCUUAAGGGGAGAGUUCCUCUAUUUUUUGUUACUGACUGAUGGGCCAUUGUUUGAGCAAUUGGAUAAAAAAAUACUAUUACAAUGUCAACUCAAUUGGUUCAUCCCUUUAUGUUUGAAAACCCCAAAAAAUUAGUCAAAUCAAUCGCCUACUGUUACAAUACAUUCUUUUUCUGUACCGCCAUAACUUCUUCAUGUAUGUUUCCAAUAAACUAUUAAUGUAAAAUAAACAUUUAUAGAACUGACAUUAAUUUAAGAAAAUCAAAUAAGAAAAUGAUGAUGGUUGUCAAUACAUGUUGAACGAGGCAAAAAGUAGACUGUCUCAAUUUUUUUUUUUUUUAAAUAUUUUAUUGCUCCUGUUGACAAUAUUUUUCUGAAGGUCUGAGUAACAAAAAAUAGAUGAACGCUUACCCCCCUCAUGAAGAAGGGAGAAAGGGUAUAGAAGGUCAGUGAGGGUAACAAUCACACACUUGAUUGCCUAGAAUAAAAUCAAAAAGUUAGUUGAUAUAUGGAACUGUCUGUUUCCCUUAUUUAUUGCGGCUAAUUGUAUAAAACUGGUGAAGAGUUUGGUCUCGUCAAAUGUAUCAAAACUGAUUAUCUUUUUGUCAAUAUUUAUCCAAUAAUAACUGCUAACCAAUCAAAUUGUUUUAAUGCGUCAACUAGCAAAAUAGUAACUUGUUUACUGCUUAUCAAAGUUUUAAAGAAUUGGUUGCUGGAUUUUAAGUUGAGAAACAACUUUUUCCUGCGAAGAUGAAGAUGGCAAAAUAACUACAUAGUUGAAAUAAAUCUAAAUCUUAAAAGGAAAAUGAGAAAUAAUAAUACGAAUCAAAAAAAUAAUUCCAAUUAAUUGUUUAUGGUAUAUAUAUCGAUAGGGCAAUACACACAGUCAAUAUUUAAAGAAAACUCUAAAAACUUGUACAUAGACUGUUAUGAUUGAAGUUGUGAAGAUAAAGAGAAAGUGUUUCUUAAAGAUAUUAUUUUUUUGUACAAUAUUACAUGCUUCAUGGUGUAAGAAGUUUUUUUUUAAAUGACUGUGUCAUGUUGUUUUAGAAAAUAAUACAUCUAGAUUCUGCCACUUGUUUACAAAAUGUACUUUAAACUGUUGUCUUUAGAGACUUAUUUCUUCUUAAUGUAUGGUUGUAUAUUAACUCUUAUACUGAUUUUUUACUCAUUUUUCUACCAGAAUUUAUAAUUUUAAAGACAUUUUUACACAACAUUUUAGAUAUAUAUAUAUAUAUAUAUUUAUAUACAAUUCAAAAUUUUCUGUGGAUUUAAUUUUUUAACAGAGCCAUUUUAUUAUCAUACUCCAAGUUCUCAAAUGUCAUUGUAAGUCUUAAAUCAUGUAAAGUUGUUAUUGCAGUUUAAUGCUUAACUUAAUAUUUGUGAAUUCAUGUGCAUUCAUUUGGUACAAGAUUUACAGCAACUCUUUUGUACUUUUAACUUACAUUAUUUCCUUAUUGAGAUGUAUCCCUUUUGAGCAGAAGAGCAGCCUACUUAAAGGAACUUGAUACUUCUUCUGAUACAGAAAUUAUAUUAAAUAAGACAACGAAAAAAUGGUGAUUUUAGAAAUUUAUGUAAUUCAAAUUAAUUAUAUAUUAUAUACUAGAGGUUUUAUCUUGAUUACUAUGGUUGUAGCAGUUGUACCCCAUUUGUAACAUGUACAAUACAAAAAGGGGUACCCCAUUUAUAAAAGGUUGAUUACCCGAUAAUCCUCAAAUGUAGGUCUGUAGAAAUAUGUGUAUAAUGUAUAUUUAUGUAUGAUAUUGAUGAAAUAAAUAUAACAAGUGGUUUUGGAA